AUGCAGCAGACUUCCCAGUCCGCCAAAAACGCGUGCGGUGGUCUCGUACAGCUAAUUGGGCAACUGCAAUGCUGUGUGUCGUUCCGCGGUACCAGCAUCACUGCGAUCUGUUACAUCACCAAGUCUGACCUCAACCUACUUGGUAUCCACUGGAUUGAACAACUCAGUUUGGCCGAUGUGCCGCCCCACGUUGUUUGCCGUCAGGUGCAAAUUCCCACUGUGCAUGCAGACCAAGCCAAGUGCAUUCUCCAGCGUUUGGCUCCAGUGUUCCAAGACGGCGUGGGUCGUUGCACGUACACUCAGACCGUGCUACAUCUUUUAUCUGGAAAUCAACCAGUCUUCCGUCCAAAGCGGCCAGUCCCAUAUGCAGCCCUACCACUUGUCGAGGCUGAACUGAAACGUCUGGAGGAACUGGGAGUUCUAGUUCCUGUAUCCUACUCCGCCUGCGCCGCUCCAGUCGUUGCGGUUAAGCAGCCCAAUGGCUCGAUCCGCAUUUGUGCUGACUUCUCAACCGGUCUCAAUGGCGUGCUGACGCCUAACUCCUUUCUAAUACCGGUUACGACUGAUCUUUUCACCCUGCUGAAUGGUAGCACUUGCUUUGCCAAGUUGGGUCUCGCUGAUGCGUAUUUGCAGAUCGAGUUCACCUCGGAGUCGCGCUAA